CUCAAUGAUGGUGUUUAUAUAAUGUACGAGUUAACAGUAGAUGGAUCAUUAAUGUGCUCUACUAUCAACAACGAUAGUAGAAAAAGAUACAAUCUAAUGGCUUUUAUUUCAUUUAUAUUUACUUCUAUUCCGAAAUAUUAAAGUGAUGCUGCAUAUCAGUAUGCUGAUUCGUAUAUACGAACGUAUAAGCAUCCUUCAAAUUUAACGCAUCUACUGCUCUUUGUAUCUCCUAAAGGAUGCUUUGUUUACUAGGUUAUUGCCUCAUCUUCAAUACUCUACUACUCACUCGCAGUGGUACUGUUUGUCUAAAACUCCUCUUUGGAAAAGAUGUUUUCUUUUACUUGGUAAUCUUGACCAGCUUCUCUUUAAGUCUACUCAAUUCUUCUUCUUUUUUAAACAAUUUGGCUAAAAGACGUUCAGAUUUGUAUUCAUUUGGUCAACUGGUCUCAUCCCACUUACUGUUUACAUAAGUACCAAUGAUUGCAAAUGCCUUAACCAAUUGACGAUCCUCUUUCCUUUACUUAACAAUUUUUUUUACAAAAAAAA